AUGAACCCAGCAAGGGCUCCAGUUACGGGACGAAGAAACGAAUAAAAAUAUGGAAAACUGAUGUGGAAAAACCUGAUCUGUAAUGGAGCACAACUGGGUUUAGAUGCCCCAGCCAUCUAAUGGUGACUUGGAUUAGAGCAAGAAGAUUGAUGGAGUGGGGGCCCCAGAGGGGGCCAGGACACUGAUGAGGAGAUGUGUUUGCUGCUGAGGUUUUGCAACAUCAGAACAUCUCUAAGCCGCAAGGAGAAACAACAAGACUGGCACUUUGUGAAUAAGCUGAGACAAGGACAGCAGCAGAGAAAAGUUUCCGGAAAAGACAAGGUGGAGCCUUCAGGAGGUUUGGAAAUGACUCAGUAUUCCCCCAAGAAGAAGCAGAGGAAAGGAUGAGGACACCUUAACUUGGCCCAAGAACUUGAAGUGUUUUCUAAUAUAGCCACCGAAUAUAUAUGGAUUUUCAGCUGUGGAUUCAGCCAGGUAGGAAGUGUCAAAUUCCCCUCAUGCCCCGGGCUUUUGAGAACCAUGGAUAUGAUCCUGUUUCUUUUCAAAGCUGACCGUGCCCUGAAACCCAAAGAAGGCAGCCAGACGACAUUCUUCCAUAUAAGCCAGUUACAACACAACAGCCCGUGCUCUACUCCGAGAAGCCGAGGUUCUGGUUCUGAUCUGGCACUGAGCUCCUAACCCAAACUCUCUCCUCAAUCCACCGUUGGUGGUCACUGACGGAGGCUGAGUGAAAAACAACGUAGAGGCAGGAAGUUGCACCACAUCAACUUAUCCCACCAGAAUCAAAGCAGCAUCAGUUCCAGCGGCUCACCUUCAUGCGUUGAGCUCGCUAAGGUGUCACCACCACACCCAGGCAACCACAUCUCCCGCAAGAUGAAUGAAACUUUACCUCCAACUUCUCUGUCUUUCCUGCACAUCCCAGCUCCGCAUGUUGGAACCGAUAAUAAUUACAGGAUAAUUACAGCCCGCGCUGUUAUUUACUGUCAUGUGGUGCGAUCAAAAGGGUGAGAUACACGUGCAACUGCACUCAAAAUGGCCCGCGUUGAUAAAAACGUGCCCUUGAUGUCACUAUGACCCGGACUGGCGCGUUGUGUCGUGCCGAACAGGGUCCGUCUGUGUGACUGGAGGACUGACCUGAAUGCUGCAGGAGAUCUCCGAGUCAUCCAGUAACCGGAUCGUGCACAGGAGCUCCUGGUCCAACGAGCGGAUGCUGGGGCUGCGAAACCGGAGCAUUUUCAUCCUUGUGUCGGUCCUGUUUCAGCUCCUCAUGCCAGCGGACCCACGGACUGCGCGCGAGACACACAUGUACACGUAAGCGACUUGUCACCCAGCGUGACGCCCUUGAGAGUCAACGAGUGGAUGGAGAGAGCGGCGUGGAUGGAGGAAGCGGAGGAUGGAUGAGGAGCGCCGACUCCUUCCUGGUGAUCGAUGCACGCGCGCGCACGCGCACUGCGCGUCAAGAUGCUCAUAUCGUAGGAAAUUUCAAUGCAACAUCAGAUUUAAGUCACAUCCAGGCACCACAGAAAUACGAUGACGUCACGCCGACGUCUAUUCAUUGUAUUGCGCUUUUUUUAUAUUCUGUAACCUGCAGCAAAAUAUAAUAUUAAAUAGACGUAAGACAAAGGUUGUGUUGUGACACAAUAGAACGUUUGAUGAUAUUUGACCAUAUUAACAAUGUAAUUAAAACGAAUACAGUAUAGUAAUAGACACCAAAACAUCAUUAACAGUUGAGUCAUGUGCUUAACGACAAUAAAAGUGGUUUUGUAAUUCUAAAUGUGUCGGUGCCUCGUGGUUAAUUUGCCUUCAUUUAUUAUUGGUAAAGAAAAUAAACGUUAACUUAAAUGCAGAAAGAGACAGCAAAACGAAAAGAUGUCAUGGGUUUCUUCCGACAUCUGGUUUCUUGUGUUCUUGUACUUUUAUCUUUGUGAGAACCUGUAUGAGUUUUUCUUUUUGAAGGUUAAAACCACAAAAUAGCUCGGUCAUUAUAUUCGGGUUUUAGUUCGGUUAAGCGUAAAGGUUAAGCUUAACCAUUUGUUGUAGAUUAUUUGCUCUGUGAUGGACUAGGCUCCUGUCCAGAGGGUCCCCGCAUCCUGACCCGAGUUGCUGCGGUUGGCCUCCAGGUCUCCUCCACGAAGCCAGAGCUGGAACAACGAUGGAUGAAUGAACAGCAGAAUUUGACUGCGGUCUUUUUAACAGCGUCAGUCAACGCCGUGACGUCACGGCAGGCUUCAACGCGGUGGUGCGUUCCAUGGCUGCCGCCAGGUCGGAAUUCUGAACUGGGAAACAUAAACAGUGUGUUUCCUCAUUCAAUACUGGCCGUGCUAACAACGGCUAGCUGUUAACAGUAGCCUGGCACCGAGAUACUGUGGGACACAGGAAACACUGCGCUCGUCCAGACCCCCCAAUAGUGUCCAAGUGGUGAAGGUAGAAGUCUACGUCGAUUCCGUCACGUGCACCGGAACAGCCAGCAAUAUUAGUUGAGUUUCUGUCACACAACAUUGAGGACGUCCCGUGACACCAUGAUCUACGUCAUUAUGGGGGUCUCUGGAUGUGGCAAGAGUUCUCUUGGUGCAUAUCUGUCUGAAAAGCUGGGAUGGCGGCUGUACGAAGGCGAUGACUUCCACCCUCAGGAGAACAUUGACAAGAUGACCCGUGGCGUUCGGCUGACAGACGAGGACAGACUUCCUUGGCUGCUCAAACUACAUGACGUCAUUGAAAGAGAACGAAGCUGUGGCUCUGACGCUCUGGUCACCUGUUCGGCCCUGAAGCGCCUCUACAGGAACAUCUUGACCUCUGGCUCGACAGCUGUGACCUCCUCCUCCACUCCUCCAGAGCCCUCACCUCUGGAUGUCUUUUUUCUCUUCCUCCACGGCGACUACCAGCUAAUUCAUCAGAGGAUUUCUGCUCGGAGCGGACAUUACAUGAGGGCAGACCUGCUGAGUUCUCAGUUCGAGGCUUUAGAGCCACCCCAGGAGGAGGAGAACGUGAUGAGGCUGGAUAUCAGGAGGAGCUUGAGCGACAUGGCGAUGGAGGUGGAGAGUCACCUCAGGAGUGUCAGAGACCACGGGCGGGUAUAGGUUUCAGUCAUUCUCACUCACAUGUGCCACUCUCCGACAGUGUCCAAGAUUUAAAUGCAGCUGCCUUUAUGAAGAAAGGCAUCUGUGUCACUGCAUAUUCUCAAACAGAAAUCGAUUGAAGGUCAUGAAAGCAUGAAAAGACGGAGAUAAGGAUGGACAAACCAGCAGUAUCUUUGUUAAUUAUUUGUUUCCUUUACAAAUAAAUGAUUCAUUGUAUUUUUGUGCAUUCAGUAUUAAAACAUACAAAUUAUUUAUUUAGUAGAGAGCGCCGUUGAUGUUCAAAACGUGUCGACAAGAAGUAAACUUCCAUAUCAGUAGCCGAAAGAGAUCGUCUGAAACGAUUUGCUGCCCCCUACUGAUCAUGGUUGGUGAUUGUAUAAGUGAUCGUUAUUGAGAUUGACAAGAACAUUUUAGAAGUCAAUUCUAGCGAGCGUGUUAUCUUGUGUAAUUCAAGUAAACAAACGGAGCCUGGAAAGCGCUGGCAGCUUUUUGGAAUGCCCCAGCAUCAUGACUGAAUUCAGUGUGUCACUUAAGAGCUGAGAAGUGAGGAACUACCUCGCCGGAUCAUUUAUUUAAGAGAAACCGUCUGCAGGAGUGCAGAGUGGAUCAUGCUGAUCACAGUGUGACUCCUCCGUGCUCGCAGGACGUCACACCAACUGCUGCUGCUAAAAGCUCCAGUCUGUCUGUGACUGGAGCUGAACUCAUCGAAGAUGCAUGACUUGAUUAUGAAUGAAGUUGUUUGCAGUUUCCGGGGAGAAUUCCCCCUAGUUAAAUGUUUCUGACAAUCGAAGGACCUGCGUCUCUUUAUCAGGAGGAGACAAGAUAUAUAUAUAUUCCAAAAAUCCUCCAGAGUGAAAGAUAUUUCCAAGUGCAAGCAAUGACUUAAAACAAUGUCACUGGAAAAUUAAUUUCUUUAAUAGUGAGGGGGAAAACCAUUUUUACAACAUUUCUGUUUGGACAGCACAGAAACGGAUCAGGCACACAGCGAUGAACAGUACCAGAGAUGCAGAAUCCUUCUGCGAACCAUUCUGCAGUUUUAAUUCAAACACUUUUAAAAGCUUCAAAAAAAAACUCAGGAGUUUGGAAGGGCAUGCAUCAGAUGGGGACAUUAAAAAAAAUCUGAUCAGAAGUGUUUUCCUUCAUUUUUUUGUCAGGUCAUCCUGUUGGAGUGUCAGGGCUCCGACUCUGAGGCUUUCUUCCCUUUCUUGUUUCCCUGGCAACCCACAGAAAUACAGACGCCACUUACUUCAAGACAAACUCAAGCCAUUCUUAAGAAUAUUUAUACAGGAAUGACAGUCAGAGUGAGCAAUAACACACACACACACCUGAUGUUUGGGCUGUUCUGACUGGAGACCUUUGACCUUGGAUCGUUCUUGCUCAAGAGCAGCAUGCAGUAAUGACACCUUUGAACAAAAUUGUUCAGUCACAAUUGUUAUAAAAAAAAAAAAACCUGAUGAAAAAGAAGAUGGAUGUAUGAUCACUCACCUGUGAUGACAGCUCCUCUUUGAUAUGAAGCAGUUCCUCCACCUGCAGCAGAAUUUCUGCUUUGUCCUUCACUGUAAA